AAAAGCUUAGGUUUGUAUUAGCAUCAAGAGCAUUCCAAGUAGGGAAGAGACGUUAAUUGGUGUGGGCGCAAACUGCGAAGAGGGAGAAGCCGAGUACGUUUCAGGAAUCGCUCAGGAACCUUGCAACGCUGCAAAAGCCCUAGGGUUUAUUACCCGCUUUCCUCUAUAAUCCCCGAAGUUUCUAGAUCUUGACUUCAAAACACCGGCGGCAGUGGCAAGGAGCUGAUUUACUGGAAUUCGCUGCGUUGGGGUGUUUAAAGUUUGGAUCUUGCUCGGGUUUAAAUGGCUUUAUGUAAUGAUUCAUGUGAUUUGCCUAGGGUUUCGAUUGAUUGUGGAUAGUUGAUUUGAGAGUCUUUGUGGGUGUAAGAGGCCGGUUGGUCUUCUGACUGUGGGUUGGGAUGAAUAGCGUUUUCAGCGAGCAGAUACUGGCGGACAAGCUUUCCAAGCUCAACAGCACACAGCAAUGCAUCGAGACUUUGUCCCAUUGGUGUAUUUUUCAUCGUAAAAAUGCAGAACAGGUGGUUCAGACAUGGGAGAAGCAGUUUCACAGCUCCACCAAGGAACAUAAAAUUCCAUUUCUAUAUCUUGCAAAUGACAUUCUUCAGAAUAGUAGGCGCAAUGGUAUGGAAUUUGUGGGUGAGUUUUGGAAAGUGCUUCCAUCAGCACUUAAAGAUGUUACUGAAAAUGGCGAUGAUCAUGGAAAAACUGUGGUGUCCAGAUUGGUAGAAAUAUGGGAAGAAAGGCGAGUUUUUGGUUCACGUGCGCGGGGACUCAAGGAGUUAAUGCUAAGUUCCGAGCCACCACCUCCGCUACAGUUGAACAAAAAACGCUCUCGUUCUGUUAAGAUUGUUAGAAGGGAUUCUCGUUCCAUAAAAAUAAAACUCUCUGUUGGAGGAACAGCUGAAAAGAUUGUGUCUGCAUUCCACUCCGUGUUAGGCGAGCUUCCAAAUGAAGAUGCAGAUCUCAAUAAAUGUAAGUCUAUAGUUCGAAGAGUUGGGAAGAUGGAGAAAGAUGUUGAUGCUGCCUGCGCUCGAGUUGGGGAUCCUCACCGCACAAAAUUGGCUGAGGAAUUGCAGGAAGAGGAGAAUUCUUUGAAAGAUUGUAUUGAAAAACUCAAAUCAGUCGAAGCAAACAGAUUGACACUAGUGUUGCAGUUAAAACAAGCGCUCCAAGAACAGGAAUCUGAACUGGAGAACAUUCGCACGCAGAUACAGGUCGCACAAGCGCAAAUAGAACAGGCCAUCAACAUGCGAAAGCGACUAAACAACGAGUCACCAACCGUUCCACCCAAACCCGAUUCGAACGGUGUGGCAUCUGAGCCUCCGAAGAAAUCUGCAGCCGCCAUUGCUGCCGAGGUUGCCGACAAGCUCGCCGCAUCCACACAUUCCCAACAAAUCAUGACUUCUGUCCUCUCCACCUUCGCCGCCGAGGCAGCUAAAAAUGCCGUGUUGACUACGUCGUCAUCCUCUGCUGGCAACCCAUCAUCCGCUCCGAAGAACAAUGUGAAGCACGAAAAAGCAAUGAUAUCUGGGCAGCCAACAACCCCUCUGCCUCAAUAUAAUUUAUAUCCCGCUCCAACUCAGCAAUACAUUCAGCCUUCCAGCGUGAUGAUUGGCGUACCAUAUACAUAUACGACAAUACCUCCACUGCCGCCACCGCCGCCUCAAAUGAUGAGUAUUUCGAGACCGAUGGCGCCAUUGCCCGUUCAGCAGCAACAGCCGAUGCAGCCGCUUCAGCCGCCACCAAUGGCUUUGGUUCAUCAGCCGGCGAUGCCCAUUGCCAUACAACAGUUGCCGAUGCAUAUGAAUCAACAACCAGGGCAUUUCGGGCUUUUGCAACCAGCGCCGCCAAGUUACAGGCCGCUGCAACCACCAAAUAUGGGGUUCUACCAUCAUCAGACACAGUGAAAGCUGACAAUGUUGGUUCAUUGAUGUGUUUGUGUAAUACAAGCUUAAAAAGCUCUGUGAGGACAUCUGCCUCCAUUAAUGAGCCGUCGAAGCACUCAUUAUUAAUAUUUCGAUGUGCUUAUCAUCGAAAAACACGAAAAAUUUGAGCUUUGAAUGUUUCAGAGCUCCGAUUAUAGGCGAAGGUAUGAAAAUAUACAUCACUUAUUUGAAUUACAUUUGGAUGCAGUUGCAGUGUGAUAAUU